UGGAUGGGUUGUACUGGAAUCCCCCUCAGGGAUCAAUAAAGCAUCUUUGAAUUGAAUUGAUAGGAUUUAGGUUUGUUGACAUGCAUCAUAAUGUAGUAAUGCCAUGCCAUUCUUUUCUGGUAAGUGUUGUUCCUGCAGCUGUUGCAACGCACUGCUGCGUUUCGGUGUGAAACGUGACUCAUCUCAGGGUUUUCCUGCCUUUUUUGCAUUGUAACAUCCGGGGGCAGGUCCACAGUGUGGAGUGGGAGUGUCUGCGCCCCGCUCUCCUUCCCAGCAGGAAAAACGCUGGAGCAGAAACACUCUGGCACAGCGCACACUGCUGCAGAGCAGAGCUCGGCUUCAACACACCGAGGAUUAUGUCAGCUUCCCGCUGCAUCAAGGGACGCUUCAACCAGCUGAUGAAAAUCCACUGCCUCUGCUUCAGCUCAGCGGACACUCAGCACCUUAUGCUCUGCUGAAAUACCUCCACUACAGGCGGCUGCUCCAUUUCCAUCCUCCCCCUUCUCUCUUCCUCAAGCUUUCUGUCGUCCCGGAGCCAGGAUGGAAAAGACGCUCUGCAGUCCCGGGACCAACAGAACCAACUCCUCCUCCUCCUCCUCUUCUUCGCCCAGGAAGUCCGCAAGUCGGAGCGGCUCGCACAGCCCCGGCUCCGGCUCUCUGGGAGGUUCAGCUGGAGCUGGAGGCGGCCGGGGGACGAUGCAGGGCAGCGGUGUGAAUCUGCAGCAGCUGCAUGCGCGCAGGAGGCAGCUGGAAGGAGUGUUGAGCAAAUACACCAACCUGAUCCAAGGCUGGCAGAACAGGUACUUUGUGUUGGAUCCAGAGCUCGGCCAGCUACAGUACUUCAUCAACGAGCAGGGGAAAACCCAGAAGCCCCGAGGGUCCUUACCCCUCAUCGGUGCCUCGGUAACUACGAGUGAUGAGGCUCCACACAUGUUCAUCGUGCACUCCGUCAAUGGGGAGCUUUACAAACUUAAAGCGUCUGACGCUAAGGAGCAGCAGUUUUGGAUCAAUCAGCUCCAAGCUUGUGCCAGACGCCACUCUGAUAGCAGUGCCAAGGUAAGGAAGAUGAAAAGCUCAGAUGAACACUUGAGUGUUGACCGAGCAGGAGGAGGACAAGAUGUUCUGGGCUCCUCAUCAUCUGGUCGGACACGUAGCUUCUCCCUCCUCCCCCACCUAACUCCAUCUUCAUCCCCAAGUUCCCAGAGGGAUCAGGGUCACUCAGCCUCACCCAGCAACAUCGUCACCAUCACCCAUCACAAGUCUCCAGCUGCAGCUCGGCGGGCUAAUAGUCAGUAUCCAGGACAGCUCCUGGAGGUCAAGGAGGUGAUGUCCCAAGCAGAGGGUCAACAGAAGAACCUUGUCCACUCCAUUGACUCUCUACCCGCCAAAGGUCCCCUUUCUUGUCUGGACCAGGACCUGCUGCUGCUCAAAGCGACGUCAGCCGCCACGCUCAGCUGCCUGGGAGAGUGCCUGAACAUCCUCCAGCACAGUCAGAGCCACAGCAGCCAAGCACCGCCUCAGUCUAACGCCUCCCAGCAUAACCGCGGAACCCCCUCCGAUGGUGUUCCUGUGUGGACUGUACCAAAGUCUCCGUCAGGCGAGCAUCUGAAGAACGGAGGUCUGACUCCUCUACAAUCAGCCGAGCCCUGCCUGGGACUCAGGAAAAGGAGUCUGUCCCAUGGUGCGGAGCACCACCCAGGGAAGGAAGACAUCAGUCCUAGUGAGGAGGUGACAGAUACGGAGGACAAUGAGGAGGAAGAUCUGGGUGUUCUGGACGACCAGCGGAGCGUCAUUCUCCACCUGCUCUCCCAACUCAAACUGGGGAUGGACCUCACGCGGGUGGUGCUGCCCACCUUCAUUUUGGAAAAGCGAUCCCUGCUAGAGAUGUAUGCCAACUUCAUGGCCCACCCUGAUAUGUUUCUGUCGAUCACAGCUGGGGCCACAGCCGAGGACCGAAUCAUCCGCUUUGUGGAGUACUACCUGACUGCUUUUCAUGAGGGACGGAAAGGCGCCGUGGCCAAGAAGCCCUUCAACCCAGUGCUGGGGGAGACAUUCCACUGUUCCUGGGAAGUACCUCGCGAUAAAGUUAAACCUUUGGUCAGAUCAAACCAAGGGCCGACUCGGGAAUCAGGCAGGGGAUCCAACAACUCGCAGCAAGGGGAAGAUUCACCCGAAGGUUCCUACAGAGUCCGAUUUGUCGCAGAGCAGGUGUCCCAUCAUCCACCUGUGUCUGGGUUUUACUGUGAGUGCCGGGAGCGGCAGAUGUGCGUCAACGCUCAUGUGUGGACCAAGAGCAAGUUCAUGGGCAUGUCUGUGGGAGUGUCCAUGGUGGGAGAAGGAGUCCUGUGUCUCCUGGAGCACGAUGAGGAGUACAUCUUCACUCUGCCCUGCGCCUACGCCCGCUCCAUCCUCACCGUCCCCUGGGUGGAGCUGGGAGGCAAAGUCUCCAUCAACUGCAUUAAGAGCGGCUACUCAGCCACGGUGACCUUUCAUACAAAGCCUUUCUAUGGUGGGAAGGUGCACAGGGUGACAGCAGAGGUGAAACACAACCUGACCAACACCAUCGUGUGCAAAGCGCAGGGCGAGUGGAACGGCACGCUGGAGUUCACCUACAGCAGCGGGGAAACCAAAGUGAUCGAUACGUCCAAACUUCCCGUCAUCAGGAAGAGGCUGCGACCUGUGGAGCGGCAGGGCAGGAUGGAGUCCAGGCGGUUAUGGCAGCAUGUCACCAAGUCUCUGAAAGAAGGGAACAUGGACGAAGCCACUGAACACAAACAUAGGCUGGAGGAGAGUCAGAGGGUGGAGGAGAGGAAGAGAGCCGUGGAUAACAAGCCCUGGAAACCAAAAUACUUUACUAAAGAGGGAGACGGUUGGAUCUACAACAACCCGCUGUGGAAGUCGACCUGACAUCGGAACAACGGGCCUCAUGUGAAUAAAAACUCCAGACUCCAAGCUGAGGCCGGGACUCAAAGCGAAGAAGCGUUGUCCUCCACAGACCUUCAGGUUCAUAGACAGUGGAGACAGACGACAUAUGAGAGGUGCCAAAGGGUUGUCCACCGUUAGAACCAACAGAACAGCUUCAGGACUGAGGAACACUUUUAUAAUGUUACUAGUCAAAGUACAAUAUUUCUAUUUUUCACUUUGCUAAAGCCUUUAUUUCCCUCCUUCCCACAGUGACGACAUUUAGCACUUGUAUUAGUUUGACUGAUCAUCAGUGUUGAAGCUUUAGAACAGAUUGAGUCUUCUGUAACACCAUACUGUAGCUGUAAAUGACUUUGUUAAUCAAGCACUUUUACCAGAAAAAAUCAACUAUUUUAUACGUCACAGUGGCUUUUACUUCUCGGAGCUUUACAGAAAUAAACGUUUAACCAGAUUAAGUGAUUUAGAGUCAAAUGUGCUACGUUAUAAUAUAUAUUAUUACACGGUAUUUUAAAGCAGCCUACUUAGACGGACCUGCUUGUUUUUGUCUGCACUCUGAAUGUAUCCGGGCACAUUUUAAAACUCCUCACCGUAAUCGUAUUGACUGAUUCUACAUGUUUUCACUUUGGUUUUGUACAACUUAAUUUAAAACGUCUCACUCAGUGGAAAAACAGCUGCCAAACAGAACAUUUCCAUUACUACCUCUCUGUUUGUGGCUCAAAGCUCCUGGGUCCACUUCUUCUGGUUUGUAUCUGUAACCCCCAGAUGACACUGGUGUAAUAAGGCAGCAGCAGCCCCUCAUACACACUGCCUGCUCCAGUUUGUGCUUCUCUUUAGGUUGCCCUUGUUGAUUAAUAUGGAUGAGGCGGUUUGAAGCAGCACCGCGUGCGUCGCUCCUAACAUGUGGGGGGUUUGCUGGAAGGCUGCCUCUGAAGAUGAGAGCAUCUUCUACCAGAGGAGGAUAUGUACUGGUUAAUACUAUUCACAGCAGACAAACUAUGUGGCCAACUUCCAGAUUUUAUAAAAUAAAAGUAAACAUGCAGAUGA